AUGACGCGCGAAGAGAAGCUCGCGGCGAAGAAGGCGAAGCUCAAGGAGAAGAAGCAGCAGCGGCGCAUGGCCGCGGCGGACUACCGGUCCGACCUCGAGCAGCGUCCCGCGGCAAUGACGCCCCCGGAGCUGUCCGAGUGGCUGUGGGCGCGCUUCACGCGGCACCGCGGCGGCAAGGGCAACGUGAUCGAGCAGGACAUGUUCACGGCCGCGCGGCUCGCGGGGCUCCCGGACGCCGGCGCCGCGCUCGCCAAGCGGGUGCAGGCGGCAGCAGACGCGGGGGGCUGGGCGGCGGCGUUACGCGAAGACAAGGGCCCGAAGGGGGCGCCGACGGUGCUCGUGGUUGCGAGCGCGGCCGUGGCCGCGAACCAGGCCGCGAAGGUGCUCGGCCCGCUGUCCCCGAAGUGCCGUCCGGCGAAGCUGUUUGCGCGCCACUUCAAAGCGGAGGAGCAGGUGGCGUGGCUGAAGGAGAACCGGUGUCAGGUGGCGGCCGGGACGCCGAACCGGCUCCUGCGGCUGUGCGAGGACGACGCGCUGCGGUUGUCGCGCGUGCGGCUCGUGUUGCUGCACGUGGCGCGCGACGCGAAGCAACGCACGCUCUUCGACAUGCCGGAGACGAGCACGGACUUCUGGAAGCUCUUCGUGACGCACCUAGCGCCGCAGAUGGCCCGGGAGGGCGGCGCGCGUCUCGCGGCGUUCGACGACGAGCUGUGA